GAUAAGAUGACUAAAAAUAUCUCAGAAAGAGAACGUUCCCAGUAGCGAGAAUUUCCUCAACCCAAAACUUUGGCUUUCCUCUCUGUCUCUCCCAUGGCUUCUUCUUCUCUGCCCACACCAAUAGACGCCUGUCUAACAAAGCAACAAUCAGACACAAGGAGACCCAUUUUCUUCACCAAACCACUGAAGCAAAAACAAAUCAGAAAAUUCACCAUUUCUUGUUCCUCCAAACCAGAAACACCAAGCACUACAAAACCAUCUUUGUCUGAGCAGCUCAGGCCUCUCUCCAAAACCAAACUCCCUCCUACAAACACUGUUCCCACAGAUUAUCUCUUAUCCAAGCCGAAAUCCACUUGGGUCAAUCCCACCAAGCCUAAAAGGUCCGUGCUUUCAUUGCAGAGGCAAAAGCGCUCUCCUUAUUCUUAUAACCCACAGCUCAAGGAAUUAAAGCUGUUUGCUCAGAAGCUCAACAGUUGUGACUCCACUGAAGCUGCUUUCUUCGACGCUCUUGACGAGAUUCCUCAUCCACCCACCAGAGAAAAUGCACUCCUCAUCCUCAACUCCUUGAGAACCUGGCAAAAUACACACUUAUUCUUCAAAUGGGUCAAGACCCAGAAUUUGUUUCCGAUGGAAACCAUAUUUUAUAAUGUUACAAUGAAGGCUUUGAGGUUUGGGAGACAGUUUCAGCUUAUUGAGGAGCUUGCACUGGAAAUGGUAAGUAAUGGGAUUGAGCUUGACAAUAUUACUUAUUCUACCAUUAUCACUUGUGCAAAAAGAUGUAAUCUUUUUGAUAAAGCUGUUGAGUGGUUUGAAAGAAUGUAUACAACUGGUUUGAUGCCUGAUGAAGUUACUUAUUCUGCUAUUUUAGAUGUUUAUGCUAGACUAGGUAGAGUUGAGGAGGUCCUAAGUUUGUAUGAGAGAGGGGUGGCUACUGGGUGGAAGCCUGAUCCUAUUACGUUUUCUGUGCUGGGCAAAAUGUACGGUGAGGCAGGGGAUUAUGAUGGUAUUAGGUAUGUUUUGCAAGAAAUGAAAUCUUUAGGUGUGCAGCCUAAUUUGGUUGUGUACAAUACGCUGUUAGAGGCAAUGGGCAAGGCUGGCAAACCUGGUUUGGCCAGGAGCCUAUUCCAGGAAAUGCUUGAUUCGGGUCUUACACCGGAUGAGAAAACUUUAACAGCGCUCGUCAAGAUUUAUGGCAAGGCAAGAUGGGCUAAAGAUGCACUGGAAUUGUGGGAGGAAAUGAGGUCUAGAAAGUGGCCAAUGGAUUUUAUUUUGUACAACACAUUGUUGAAUAUGUGUGCUGAUAUUGGUUUGGAGGAGGAAGCUGAGAAAUUGUUCCAGGACAUGAAGCAAUCAAAGCAUUGUAGGGCGGAUAGCUGGAGCUAUACGGCCAUGCUGAACAUAUAUGGGAGUGGUAGAAAGGUUGAUAAGGCAAUGGAGUUAUUCGAAGAAAUGUCUGACGUGGGAGUUGAACUCAAUGUAAUGGGUUGUACAUGUUUAGUCCAGUGCUUGGGGAAGUCCAGGAGAAUAGAUGAUUUGGUUAGGGUGUUUAAUAUGGCAAUAAAAGGAGGGGUUAAACCAGAUGAUAGGCUCUGCGGGUGCUUACUCUCUGUUGUGUCCUUGUGUGAAGGAAAUAAGGAUGCAGAUAAGGUUAUGGCUUGUUUGGAGCAAGCUAAUCCAAAGUUGGUUUCCUUUGUGGAGUCAAUUGAAGAACCUGAAACUAGCUUUGAGGCUGUUAAAGAACAAUUCAAAGCAAUUAUUAGCGACACUGAAGUCGAUGCUAGAAGACCCUUUUGUAAUUGCUUGAUAGAUAUAUGUCGUAGUAAGGUCCAGCACGCAAGAGCACAUGAGCUGCUCUACUUAGGAACUCUGUAUGGGUUGUAUCCAGGUCUACACAACAAAACUGUUAAUGAGUGGAGUUUAGAUGUCAGGUCUUUGUCUGUUGGUGCAGCUAAAACUGCACUUGAAGAAUGGAUUGCAACUUUGGCCAACAUAAUCCAGCGAGAAGAGGCAUUGCCUGAGGUAUUUUUGGCAAAAACAGGGUCUGGAACUCAUAAAUUCUCGCAAGGACUGGCCAAUUCCUUCGCUUCUCAUGUGGAGAAACUUUCUGCCCCAUUUAGACAAAGUGAAGAGAAGGCCGGUUGUUUUGUGGCAACAAGAGAGGAUUUAGUGUCCUGGGUGCAAUCAAGAGCUCCUGCUGCUACGGCGUAAAAUGAGGAGUCAAGCGAAAUUUAGGUGGACUGGAGGCGUAUGUCUGAAGAAUACAUGUAAUUUUGAAUUUUCUUUACAACAAACAUCGUAGGGUAGAAGAUGCCAUUUUAGUGAAAUGGUAAAUCAUAGCAUAAGAAAAUGUUUGUAGAUGCCAAGAGUAGAUCCUUUGGUUUAAGAGAAUAUGAUUUUUUGAAGGCCUGUCCUAAUCCUGCAUUAUAAUGAUAAUACCCAUGAAGUGAAUUGCUAAGUAA